GACAACUUGAACCCAUGCCUUGCGACGCCGUCCAGAGCCCUCCAUGGCCAUCUUCUGACAUCGGAUGUUCCUCUCCUUGCUUUUUUAUUGCUCUACCAGCCAAUGAAGCAACCAUUCUCCCCAGGAGCGUCGCGUGAUGGCGGCUGUCGACCGGCGUCUGUUCGACGCCAGCAUCGUCGAUGAUAAGACGAGUCCUGCUGGCGGCAGGGCAUCCCUGAUGGUAUUACCAUUGAGCUUGAUCGCACAUAUUGUAUCUUAUCUGGAUGAUCCUGGUGACCUCGCUCGAUUAUGCAGAACAUCCCGAGUCCUCAACUACAUGACGCUCCCUCAGCUCUACAAAACAGUUGUCCUGACGUCGUAUGAUAAGAUCCGAUACCGCAAUGAUGAGCCUGAAGGAUAUGGUGGUGUUAGCCCCUUCUCCAUGGGACUUGACACGCUCAUUACCCGACCGUUCGCAUCGCUAGUCCAGUCGCUGACGCUCCGAGGAGAGUGGCGGGAGCCUGAGCUAAAGGAAUGUGCGAAAUUGGGCAAGGUGCCGGACUCCUCGAUGAUGCUCAAUAUUGCGGUGCGUGCCGCGGUGGACAGGACAAGGGAUCUUGAGAGCUUCAGCUGGGAGCUCAACACAAAGAUGCUGCAGACGGUGUAUCUGGGAUUGUCGCAAUUACCCAAACUCACCUCUCUCACCAUCAAGUUUCCGUCAAGCCGCGAUCCUCGCCCCAUCAUCGUCAUUCCACCCAUCCCUCAUCUGCGCUAUCUGAAGGUCACCGAUAUCGAUCCCCUCUGCUAUCCUGAUGACAUUUCGACCCUUCUCCUGAAAAGUAGGAAGCUGCAGGAGCUCAAAAUGCACUGGUCGCCUCGCAUGAGAAAUGCUCAGGAGCCAAGUGUUACCCUGAGCGACUAUUUUCGCAAGUGCGUCGCUGCAGAAAAACCACUGCCUAUCAAGAAACUUUCGGUUCAAAAUUUCUACGCUGUUCACCGUGAUGACAUGGAUAGAGCUAUCGAUAACAAUACUCUCGAGGAGUUUUCUUCUCUCAAUGAUCCGGGGUCAAGCGGCUCUUAUAUGAGUACCUUCGUUGACAGGACGUGGCCAGUUAAUCCGCCAAGUGGCGUUAUCCGUUUGAAGUGUGUGAGGCAUGAUGUUAUAUGCCAGCGGCUCUGCGACUUCUUGGGAAAAGUCACCGGUCUCGAAAGGCUGUAUUUUGUCAACUCAGCCCGCGAUCCAAAUUCUCCGGUUAAUUUCCCUCUACGGUCGUCUCUGUUGUCGGCUGCUUCCUCGCCGAUGGGUUAUUCUGCCUGGAGCAAUUUCGCUCGGGAAGCGACAAGUUCGGGAUCUAGCUCUCCUGAUGCAUUUACAUCAGUCCCCAACCCCCAGAUCAGCCUCCGCGACAACUACCUCAAUACAGUUUUUACCCACCAUAGCGCAACAUUACGCCACCUCUUACUUUCUUCGCGCUGGAUCAUUCCCGGUACCUUGAUUGCCCGCCUUGUCCGUUCUUGCCCUCAGUUAGAACAACUUGGCUUUGCUACCGACUUUGACACCAUGGAUGCUCUGCCUCAUCUUCUCCCAGUCCUUCGCGAGCUGGUUGCGUUCCGCCUUCUUAUUCCUUCUGGAAGCGACACUCCGCCCCACCAGUCGAUGUCUUCUGGCAUGCCGCACCGGAAAGCCUCUUCGUACGGCCCCUCUGCAGCGAACUGGCCGAGGCGGCCUGCCUCCGUGCAAUGCCUCGCCGAUAUAAUGGAACUGGACGAUGCAUUUCUCACGGAGGAGAUCAGCUUGAAACUUUCAGAGGAAAAUGUCCCAAGCAAAUUACAGAUCAUCGGUCUCGGCUGGAAGGCAUGGAAAUUGAUAGAGACUUAUACAGCCCCCCCUGUCUCGAUGGGAUGCCAUGCCAACUUCUGCGGCGGACCACAACCGGGGAGCAGCCAUUAUCCAAACAGCAGUAUGGCCACAACGAAGACAAUGCAACCGGAGUCGAGAAAUUCGGGCACACUAAAUGUCAAUGGCCAUUACAUCAAUGAAAAUGGUAGCAACACACGUAGUUCAUCUACAGCUGCACGACCAAUGGAUGUCGCCAAUCCGCCCCUACACCCUAUCCCAGGAGAAGGACCCAUACAAGCGCCGUCGCCACUAGGUAAGAGGACCCGGAACAGUGAAACCACUACAGCAUCACCGACGAACCACAACCUACCUCUAAACACAUACUCAAAUUUAUAUGAGAAAGAAUCUGUUGGCAAUGAUGACAGCACGAGGCCGCGUAAAAGCCAUAGAACCACCACAACGUCAGAUUCCAACACUGCAAAUGCACCCAUGCAGACGCAAAUGCCAACGUCCAUGUCGACAGUCCUCUAUAAUCACAACAGUAACCGCAUGGUGAAGCGACGCUUCAAACUUGUCGGAUGGGAAGUUUUACGCAAUUGGGAAAUUUGGUCACUAGACUCCCAAGAAUUGUAGAGCCUGAAAAAAUGAAAUAUAAA